CACACGUCAGUGAAGUGAAUUGCUGCCGGCGGCCAAUCUGCUGUUGCGCGGACUCGAUCAGAAGUCAGCCGCUCCCAUUCCUCGCAUCCCUCCGCGCUCCUCAUUGUGCUCUGCUGACUCAGUGCCUUAAGCAUCGUCCGCUCUCAGCGCCACUGGCACACACCUCGACCGUUGUGGAAAUUAAUACGGAUUCAAGAAAGGACACCAUGGCCAAGACAGCUAUCGCAUACAAGGAGAAGAUGAAGGAGCUGUCCAUGCUCUCGCUCAUUUGCUCCUGCUUCAGCCAACAGACACGCAACAACCUUGUCUGUGAGUUUGACGAUAUGGAAGUGAAGCCAAUAAACAAAAGGGCCUCAGGCCAGGCCUUCGAGGUGAUUCUGAAACCACCCUCACCGGUGUCAGACGUGGCCCACAGCAUCACCUCUCCUCCAAAGAAGAGGGAUAUGUCACUGGAAGACAUCCAGAAGAAGCUGGAGGCUGCUGAGAACCGCAGGAGGUCCCAGGAAGCUCAGGUGCUCAGAGCUCUGGCUGAGAAACGUGAGCACGAGAGGGAUGUGCUGCUCAAAGCCAUGGAGGAAAACAGCAACUUCAGCAAGAUGGCAGAGGAAAAGCUCAUUCUGAAGAUGGAGCAGAACAAGGAAAACCGUGAGGCCCACCUGGCAGCCAUGAUGGAACGCCUGCUGGAGAAGGAGCGACAUGCUACAAUUGUCCGCAGGAACAAGGAGCUGAGGGAAGAACUAAUAGCGUGAAGUUAUCCUCCUCCUCAUCCAAACCCUUCAUCAGCCAACCUGUCACCUGUUAUCCUGCUCACACACACACACACACACACACACACACAGACGCACACACACCUAACCACUGGUAAAAACCAAUCAGAACAACUAGUAUCACACUCGUAUACAGUUUGAACGGUCUUGCUUGAUUUCAUAGAGUAAUGGGAAGACACAAGUAUUAUUUUGUAAACACAUCUUUUUUUAUCUCUCACUCUCUCUCUUUCUUUCAGAUUGAAUGAUAACAAAUCAAAUGUAUCGAAUCUACACGAUACGCUAUGUUAAUUCGUUCAUGCUCAUUUGUUUUGGUUCAGGCUCGUCUGCUUUGAUCAUGUGAGAAGUUCUUGAUGUUGUGAGUAAGCCGCCCGCUUACGUUUGCAGUGUAAAACGAUGUGAAGUUUGGUGUAAUUGUGAAGAAUGCAAAACGCUUCAGUGCUCAGGCCCCAGAUUUACGUUUUAAAAACGCAAACCUACCCAGACUCAUGAACAUAUAGUGCACUUACGUUUAUAUCCAGCAUGAUCAAGACAUUUUCCUGAACAGAUAGCUUGAAAUAUGAGUACUGAAACGUUAAUAGCGUUUCAUUUAAAACAACAGCAUAUUGUAUUUCUCUGUAUUUUAGUUUCUAUGCAUAAUAUCCUUAUGUAAAAUGAAAUAUCUCUUUCUUGAAAUGUUACGCACAUCUGCAUGUCUACAUCUGGAAACGUACUCUUUUGUUGGCUGACGUUUGGAAACACUGCACCCUUUCUGGACCCUUUGGACUAGAGUCUAAACAGCUUGACACAGCCUGCGGUAGAAUACUACAGUUUUCUAUCCCUGUUUUUCUUUCCGUUGACCUGCCCCAUUCCCUUACAUUGAUUCAGGCCUUCAGCACUCAAGCUGAUGAGUAGACAUCUUCAUUCGUGCAGCGCUCUCUCUGAAUGUUCUGACAUCUGUAUGGCUUUAUAAAAUAGGUAACAUCUUUACCAGCGGAAUGUAUCCUCAUAUACUCCCAACUACAGCCUUUGACGUGUGACUAUUUUCUUUUUGGUUCAUUUUCGUGCGAUUGGAGUGUGUGCAAGUGAGUGUGUGUGUGUCCACGUUAGGCUGACCGAGCAUUUGUGUCCUUUCUCUCUGGAAGUGAAGUGAUAGGCAGAUGCAGAAUAUGCACUGAAUGAUUCUGAUUUCGUUUGGAUUUGUUUUUCAGAUCACUGUCUCCUCUAUAAAUAUGCUUGAAGUGUCUUCGGCUGCCAAAAUUGUCUUUCCCCUCUCUCAUUUCUGUGUGCGCAAACUUUGGUGAAAAUAAAGGUUUGGGGUUCUGUGAA